AUGAGGCCCGUGACAACAGACCUACCCAAGGCAGUGACGUGGGUUGAAGUCGACAAGGGAGACAAGCGAGAUCGACCCUCCUCGAUGUAUACAAGGGGCAACACCCUCCCUAGCCACUUUCUCUCCCCCAUGCAGAACGGAAAGCGAGGGGCGACCUAUCCGGCCAAACUGAUGCUGUUCGAUGCCAACUUCGAGCAGGGAGGUGGGAAGCGAGACAAAGCCCCGGGACAUACCAUGCAGAGACGCCCUUUAUCUGCAUCGGUCUUGAAGAAGGACGGCAAACCUCCCCGCCCGCUCUCAGCUUUCAUCCGCAAGCAGAAGGAGCAAACGACGAGAAUCGGAACCGCUGGGCAUCUGGAGGAGAAGGGGUCAGGAUCUCAAGACGUCAGGAGCCCAGCAGGAGAAGUAGCGUCGAACAUGCAUCGCCUGAAGCCCUCAGCCAUGCCGCCCUCGCCUCUAGAAUCCACACAGCAGUCAUCAGGCCCACGCAGCCGAUUUGACUUCUCUACGAUGGAGGAUGGAGCUUUGGAGGAGCAGCCAGUGAAGCAGCAUCGAUCUCGUCUGAUCGAGAGGAAGUCCAGCAGGCUGGGGAGCAUGUUCAAGGACACGUGGAAGUCUUUCAAGGCCUACGAUGGCUCCUCGAUCAACCUUCAGGCUGUGGAAACAGACGACGUCCUUGGCAGCAAGCUCAAGUUUGGGUUUCGAAGCCAAGCGCUGAAGAUGCAGGUCGCCAUCACUGAGAAGCUCCGGAUGGCGGAGGAUGAGGCGAGCAGCUUUCAGAUCUAUAAGGAUCUGUUUGCUGACAUCAUCGCGAUCGACAAGAACUUCGCAGAGCUGCUGCGUCAGAUCAAAACGGUCUAUGACGCGAAGAUCGAACUUGUUCCCACUAGUGACAGCGACAACGUUUCUUACGCCGCGUAUGAGGCGCUGAAGACAAGGGAGAGCGCGCUUCAAGAUCGCCUGCGUUUGCUAGAAGAGGAGAACGUGAGAUUGAAGGAUGCUGAAGGGGAGCGAAGAGCAGUGGAGGAGCGAGAUGAAGUGAGUCGUAUUGAGGAGGAGGAGGAGGAGGUGGAGGUGGGGAUCACAACCGAGGCCUCGAACUCUGAUUCGAAGCGAGGGAGGAGGCUAGAAGACGUGGAAGCAGAGCUGAAGAGGGAGCGGGAGAUGCGGCUGAAGCUGCAAGAGGCUCUACAGGACAUGAUGAAGCUGCAAGCGUCUUCGGAUCGCUCUCCUCGGGACCCUCUCUCCUCAAGAGGCAGCAGGGACUCUGCUCGUAACACAGCUCGAAGUGCCGCCAGCGGGUACGACGACCAUCCCACCCAUAGGUCUGUGGAAGUUGCUCGUCCUCGUCCUCCUUCAGUUCCCGCCAUCUCCGACGAGGAGUGGGCGCUGGUGCAGCGGCAGAAGGAGGAGGAAGAUGCAGAGAACGAGGCGUGGGCUGCACAAGAGGGGGGUGAAGGAGAAUCUGAAUACGAAGAGACUUCGUACGAAAACAUGUACGACGAGAUCGACUUGGAGGACGAGGAGGUAGAGCAGCUGAUGCGGCUCCACUACCAGCGACAGGCUCGUUCAGGCAGCGAAGGAAGCGAAGAAGUCGAAACCGACAGGAGCGAUCGGAUGGUCGUCAGGCCGCAGAGCCGCGGGAGUUUCUACCCAGUGGGAGGAAGGGAGCAGGAAGGAGGAAGAGAGGAGGAGGUGGAGGAGGAGGAGGGGCGGGAUGCUUUCUCGGCAUCUGACAGGACUCUGGACGCCAACGAGUCGCUUACCUCCUCCCCCCUCGGCUCUGAGGCGGACAGCCGCGGCAACUCGCUCAUGUCCCCUCAUGAUGGCUGA